AUAUUGUUUUGUAUUCCCAGACCUGCACUGGGGAACUGAUUAGCUCAUUUGCACUAGCCACUGCAUUUGCAAUACAGGGAUCUAUUGCUAACAUUGUGGACAGUGUUACUCCGUGGAUUGCCUUUCGUGGGGGGGUUUUUUGUUCUGGAUUGUGGGCAAGAGUUUUUUUCCCAAUGUCGAGAUGUAUUUAUUUUUAGGUUUGCUCACAUUAGGAUUUGGGUCCAUCAACGGUCAGCCUUUCGACUUCACAAUCAACAAUAUAGUGCUGUCUGCCAUCCCAUCCACCAAACUGACCAAUGGAGAGAAGCUACAGUUGAAGUGCCUUGUGAGUUUUGGCUGGACCACACACUUUGUGCUGAAUAGCACAAUAUCUUUUCAUAAAGGCGACCGUGUGAUUCACCAUGUCACCACCCAGAAGGAGCAGGAGAUAUACACUAUUCAAAAAUCCAGAGUGUCCCAUACCGGCCACUAUUAUUGUAAAGUGUCUGCGGAAGGAAAGGAUAAAAAGAGCGAUGAAUUAAUAGUCAAGGUCACCAAGCUAUCUGCACCAUCAAUUACUGUUUCCAAGAAUGAGACAAGUGAAGGAGAAGAAGUAGCAGUCACAUGUGAGGCUUUAGAAGAGGAGCCACCCAUGUUAUUCAGUUUCUACAAGACUAACCAGGAUGAGAAAAAAAAGAAAGACCAGAAGACCAAAGUAUCCAGUGACAAGAAGUUUGCUAACGUCACAUUUGAAAUAAAGGCAGGGGAGAAUAUUUUGAAUUUUGAAUGUGGUGUGAAUCUGGUAGGCAUAGACGAGGAAUCACCACGUAGUAAACAACAGACUGUGACAGUGUUGGCUCCAUUUACCACUCCAAAAAUCGAAGUCUUUCCAUCCAAUAACUUUACGGAAGGAAAGGACAUGUUGGUGGAAUGUUCCAUUCAAAGGCGUCCGGGGGAGGUGACCCUCACACUGCAGAAGGGCAACCACAUUGUGCAUAUCUCCAAAACUGACAAAUUAUCCUAUAAUCAAUUUGCUACAGUAAAUGACAUGGGUAACUACACAUGUAAAGCUGAGGGAAGAAGAGUUUCAAAAUCCAGUACUGUCCUGAUAAUCAUAACAGAACUAUUUCCAAGACCAAGUCUAAUACUAAAUACAUACAGCAAGAACAUGUACAUCGAAGAACGCGACCAAUUAUCUUUGGAAUGUUCCGUUUCUGACUUAUCACCAGAAGUCUCAAACAAAGAGGAGUCUUAUUUCAUAGUACACAAAGGAGUAAAAACAUAUGUAAAAAAAGGAGAAAAGUUACAAUUAACAGCAGAAGAAAAAAACAGUGGAUCCUACUUCUGUGAACUCACAAUAUCCAACAUCACUAAAACUAGUGAUCCCGUGUUGAUCCAGGUUUAUGCUCCAGUAACCAAGCCCAAUCUGAAACAUAUUAUCAAAGGCAACAGCAUGGUGGUACCAGGAGAUACCUUAGAACUGGCCUGCCAAUCACAGUAUGGGACUCCUCCUAUAAAAUAUUCCUUAUAUCUGGGAAAUAAACUACUUGAGACAAAGAUGGUGGACAACAACAUGGAAGCUAAGUUUCUCGUGAACGUGACGAAGCCAAAUGAUUCAGGACAGUACCGAUGUCAUGCAGCCAACAGAAAUGAAAAGUCAAAGGAGUACAGCAACACUGUAAAUAUCACUGUAAUUAUUCCUGUUGAGGACGUGAGCCUCACGAUCAUCCCAACAAAUGGUGAAGUGGAAGAGGGGGCAGAAUUAUCCUUGGUGUGCAUUGUAAACAAUGGAACUUUGCCAAUCAACUUCCGCUUUUAUGUCAGAAAAGAAAUUGAUAUUCUUUUGCACAAUGUGACGAUUGCCAAUCAAAUGCAUACUUCCUUUCAAGUCCAGUCAUUUAGCCAUAAAGAGGAAGGAGCCUAUUUCUGUAUAGCAUCCAAUAGAGCUAACAAGGGCAUCAAGAGCAGAUCUAUGGAAGCCAAAGCCGUUCUAGCCUCCUGGAAGAAAGGGAUCAUCAGUGCCGUUACCGUUCUCAUUAUUGUGGCCGCAGUAGCAAUUGUUCUGUACUUAUACCUGGACAAGGUGAAAAAAGACAAAGAUAUGUCCAUUGAUAAUAGAACAGCAAAAGCUAUUAAUUCAAGCAAUGAAAAGUCUGCAGUGGAAAUGAAAACUGGUAACCUGUAUGUUGGCAGCAUCCAAAAUGAAGAUGAGCUUCAUAUUCUGAAAACAGCAGAGGAAAAUCUAGGAAACAAUGAGCAAAACCAUGGUGAAGAGUACACAGAAGUGGAUGAUCCCACCCCACAUCCCCAUGAAGAUGCUGUUGAGACCAACAUCAAUAGAAUAGAAGAGGCGCCCGAGUCUAACAAUCACACUUAAUGGCUGAUAUGCUGAGGAGAAACACUAGACAAGGGGAUGCAGCAGGUGUUGUUCAAUUCUUUCAUGGGACUUAUUUAUAAAAAAUAAAGCUGUACUCUUUGUAAACUAGUGCCUCAGCCUGGUGAACACUGACGUGCCUGGCGCCAAUCCUGUAACUGGCCAACAACAUGAGCAUGGGAGUUACAAUAGGAAACUACAAGUUGCAAGAAGUCUCAUGCCUUUUCAACAGAAAUCAUCUGCCAAGUCUUCAACACAAUGUAAUGACAGCAUUGAACACCAGUUUGUGUGAUAUGUGUGUCAUUUAGAGAUAUGUCUAAUGGUGGACCCUCAAUGACAUUCCCUUCUGACGUUAAGUGACGUUGCAUCAGGUCAACACUUGGAACACGUAUAUCGCAUCCUUGUUAGUACAGAUUUUAGCAGACUACGUUUGUUCUCACAGCAGUCAGCAACCAUCUGGUUAUCUUGAUGGUUCCAUGUGGAUGAAAACCAUGACAAAAUGGAUCCAUAUAUUGAAAAAUAGUAUUAUGUCCUUAUAAAUCCAUACAAAGACUGACCGUGAUGGGGAUCAUUGCAUCAUAGAGGCUAAACAUAUGGAAGACGUGUUUCUGGUGCUGCCAUUUGCUUUUCUUUCUUAGACUGCACUAGAGACAUUACAGCUUGACUCUUGUUGCUGUGGUUACAUGAAACGCCUUUUGUCAUGUGCAUGUUCAAUAAAAUGUCUGACUUCUCUACUGCUCUUCCUUUACGUAUUUACAGCUAGUGAACACUAGAACUUCUGCAUUGCUUUAUUUGUACUGACUGUCUUAUUUUAAACAAAUAUUUGUAAAUAAAGAUUUUAUACCAACUAA